UAAUGAGAGGUGUAUAUUUCUGAAAUUAGGCAAGAAAUCACAUCCACCAACAUUGAAUCCAGAGCCAACCACUUGGACCGUUAUGGUGAAACCAUUCUGGCAGUGAGUUAUGAGACAUCCCUAUCAUGUGUGAACCACCUUGAAUCUCAAACCCUCCAUUUUUUCACACAGUAAUUUAUUUAUUUUUCACACAGUAAUCCUGUUGUCUUCUUGAAAUUACCUCUGGGUUGCAGUUAGUAGUAGUUAAAAAUCCUCUCCUGCCAUAGCUCUCAGCCCAGGAAUUUUACCUUUCUGGCACUAGCCCUCCAACAUUAAUUGCUCUCCUGUCAAUCUUAGUUCACAGUCUCCAGCUUUUUACUGUACCUUAAUUUUUUUUUUUAAAAAAAAAUUAUGACCCACAAUUUCUGGCUUUCUGCUGCUUGAUUAAGAUCAUUCAAGACUUAUUCUUGUCAUUUAAGGUUCUUAGUACCUUUUGCUUGCCCACCCACCCUUCAUGCUUUGAUUGGGAUUUGUUUUACAGUAUUUACUUUUGUUCUUCUUUCUUCUCAUUUGGCCAAUGAAGAAUUCUUUUCUAAAGAAAAGAUCCCAACUUUGAUUCUGGUAGUGGAUGGGUACAAGAAACCAACCAAAAAAUUUCUGAUUAUUGACCGGAGGAUGUUGCAGAAGUCCAGAAGUUCUUGCAUUGUUCACGGACCUCAAUGGGGGUGGGGGGUGGGGGGUGGGGGGGGGGGGUUAAAAACAAAAGAAGAACAGGGUAAGUAACGUAUGGGAUUCUGUCGUCAUCUGUUCUUCCUGACAUUGACACGCCAUUGAAGAUUUAGUUCGUUAGCAUUAAGGAGACAUUCACUUCUGUCCCUUCAUCCCACCACCUCAGGGCACAUCAGAUCAGAGAUUCACAAGAUCAUAGGAAAUGCCUCAGUGGCAGAUGAAAGAGCCUGAGGAAAAGCAUGUGAUCUCCAGAACUCCAUUGCAGGAGUCGAGGAAUCAGAAUUCUGUGUCUCGAAUCUUGUCGAGAUGCGAUGGUGAAGAAGAAGCCAAGAGGAGAAGGGGAAGGAGGAAAGGGAAAGGGGUACAAAUGGAAAAGAUGUUGGAGAUAGGUGGUAAUAAUAAUAAUCCCCCUUCUUCUUCGUCUGACCGGAGGCUUUCUUUCCCCACUAGGCCUGGCUAUGGCCAAUUGGGGACCAAAUGUAUUGUGAAGGCCAAUCACUUCGUCGCUGAGCUAUCCGAUAGGAACUUAAGCCAGUAUACUGUUAAGUUUAGCCCGGAAAUUAAUUCCACUCGAUUGAACAAAGCUAUCAUGACUGAGUUGGUAAAACGCCACAAAGAAACCGAGCUGGGGAAUAGGCUUCCGGUGUAUGAUGGGAGGCGAAUGCUGUACACAGCUGGAUUGCUCCCUUUUAACACAAAAGACUUUAUCAUAACUCUGGCUGAUGAUGAUGAGUGGAGUGGCAUCACAAAGGAGCGUCGAUUUAGUGUCACAAUCAAGUUUUCAGCUCAGGCAGACAUGGCUCAGUUGCACAAUUUUCUCGCUGGGAAACAAGCUGAUGCCCCUUUUCAAGUGCUUAAAAUCUUCGAUGUUGUAUUGAGGGAACUUGCAUCCCAAAGGUAUAUAUCUGUUGGGAGAUUCUUCUAUUCUCCUAGUAUCAAGAAACCACAGGCUCUUGGUAAUGGCUUACAGUCUUGGCGGGGCUUCUAUCAGAGUAUAAAACCGACUCAAAUGGGACUAUCACUGAAUAUUGAUAUGUCAACGACAGCAUUCAUAGAACCUCUCCCGGUUGUUGAGUUUGUAGCUCAAGUUUUAGGACGAGAUAUAAGUUCCAGGCCACUCUCCGAUGCAGAUCGGGUUAAGGUUAAGAAAGCCCUGAGAGGUGUGAAAGUUGAAGUUACGCACAGGGGAAACAUUAGAAGAAAAUACAGAAUUUCGGGUUUAACAUCACAACCAACCAGGGAGCUAAUUUUUCCCGUUGAUGAGGAAAAGAACAUGAAAUCAGUAAUCGAGUAUUUUCAAGAGAUGUAUGGAUAUACCAUUCAAUAUCCGCAUUUACCUUGCCUCCAAGUGGGAAGUCAAAGGAAAGUUAAUUAUUUACCAAUGGAGGCUUGUAAGAUUGUUGAGGGGCAGAGGUAUACGAAACGGCUGGAUGAGAAGCAGAUAACUUCGUUGCUAAAAUCUUCAUGCCAAAGGCCUCGAGAGCAAGAACUCGACAUUUUGCAGGUUGUUAAGCAAAAUGGAUACAAGGAAGACCCCGUUGCCAAGGAAUUUGGCAUCAACAUUGAUGAUAAGCUAGCAUCGGUUGAAGCUCGUGUUCUCCCUGCCCCAUGGUUGAAAUACCAUGAUUCUGGAAAGGAAAAGGAAUGUCGACCCCAGCAAGGUCAGUGGAACAUGAUAAAUAAGAAAGUAAUUAAUGGAAGCACCGUCAACCACUGGGCUUGCAUCAAUUUCUCGCGUAAUGUCCAGGAAAACGCUGCUCGUGGCUUUUGCCAACAGCUAGCCCAGAUGUGUCAAGUCUCUGGAAUGGAAUUUAAUUGUGAGCCAGUCAUCCCGAUCUAUUCGGCUAAACCAGAUCAGGUAAAGAAGGCUUUGAACUACGUUUAUAACGUUGCUGCCAACAAACCCGGGGGAAAAGAGCUAGAACUACUCAUAGCCAUUCUUCCAGACAAUAACGGUCCGUUGUAUGGUACUCUGAAGCGAAUUUGUGAAACAGACCUGGGACUGAUAUCGCAGUGCUGCCUCACGAAAUAUGUCUUAAAGAUCAGCAAACAAUACCUGUCGAAUGUAUCGCUUAAGAUUAAUGUGAAGAUGGGAGGAAGAAAUACUGUGCUUUUAGAUGCUUUAAGAUGGAAAGUUCCUCUGGUGAGCGACAUCCCAACGAUCAUUUUCGGGGCUGAUGUUACUCAUCCCGAAUCUGGAGAGGACUGUAGCCCAUCAAUAGCUGCUGUCGUGGCCUCGCAAGAUUGGCCCGAAGUUACCAAGUAUGCGGGUUUAGUGUGUGCUCAGCCACAUCGACAAGAACUCAUUCAGGAUCUUUACAGAACAUGGCACGAUCCUCAAUGGGGGAAAGUUUCUGGAGGCAUGAUUAGGGAACUUUUGCUGGCAUUUAAGAAGGCCACGGGACAAAAACCGCUGAGGAUAAUAUUCUAUAGGGAUGGUGUGAGCGAUGGGCAGUUCUAUCAGGUUCUACUGUACGAGCUUGAUGCUAUCCGCAAGGCUUGUGCAUCACUGGAACCGGGUUACCAACCUCUGGUUACUUUCAUUGUUGUCCAAAAACGUCAUCACACGAGGCUUUUUGCUAACAACCAUAAUGACCGAAACCAUAUGGACAGGAGUGGGAAUGUGUUACCUGGUACUGUGGUGGAUUCUAAGAUUUGCCAUCCUACAGAAUUCGAUUUUUAUCUAUGCAGUCAUGCUGGAAUUCAGGGGACCAGUCGUCCUGCACACUACCAUGUUCUUUGGGACGAGAACAACUUCACAGCAGAUGAAAUCCAAUCUCUGACAAACAACCUUUGUUAUACGUAUGCACGAUGCACUCGGUCUGUUUCUGUUGUCCCUCCUGCAUAUUAUGCACAUUUGGCGGCCUACAGAGCGCGAUUUUAUGUCGAUAACGACGCCCACGAGAACGGCUCGAUGCGCUGCACGCGCACCACGAAUGGCUCCGGGGUGCGGCCCCUGCCGGCAUUGAAGGAGAAGGUGAAAAAUGUGAUGUUCUAUUGCUAG